UCUAGGGGCUGGGAUGUUUCUAGGGUUUUUCUGGGUUGAUUUUUGGGGAAGAGAGAGCUGCGCGAGGCCGGUGAAGGGCGGCGAAGGUGAGGUGACCGGCGGUGGAGGUGCGGAUGGGGGUUUGGUGGACGGAUGGUGGCUAGAAAAGGUGGAAAGUGAAUGAAUUAGGUGGUUGUGGGGUGGUUGUGUGGUGGUGGGAUGAUGGGAUUGUUUCCCUUUGUUUUUAAAACAAACAACAUAAAGAAUAUUGGGUAUUUUCAUUCCAUUCUCUUCCAUUCCCUUUGUUUAUUCCAUUUCGUUUACCCAGUGAACCAAACGGCCCCUAAAUCCUUUGAUUAACGAGCUUUGUUUAUCAAUAAUUCAAUAUGACAAAAGGGGCGGCCUCUUAAAAAUCCGAAGUCUGUCAUAAACUCAUUACUCAUUAGCAAGAUUUUCCUUCCUCUCUUUCGUUCUCCCUAUAUCUCGCCGGAAAACAACCGCCGACCACCACUCAGCCACCAGGUUAAUCUUAGUUUUGGCCUUAGCACUAACUCUUCAAGUAGGUUUGGCGGUGAUGGCCUAGAUUAAUGUUUGGGAUCAUUGUUAUGAUCAUGGAUGGUAAUUUGGAAAAGGUUAUAUAAAGCUUUAAUUAGUCCCUAAUUGGGUUGUCCUAUUUUUGAGGGGGGUUCCACCUAAUUUUCUUUUUAUUUUAUUGUUAUUAUAAUUGUUAUUGCUAGUUCCUAAACCAGGGCGUCAAGUUUGGUUUGGUUGAUUACUGGCGUCAAGUUUGGUUUGGUUGAUUACUUGGUUGCAUAGUUGCCGCCACAAUUUCUAUCGGCUGUAAGGAAGAUUGUUAUAGUUUGACUGAAUUUCGAAGCACAAGUCAAUUUGAAGUAAUUUGACAGAAUAAGAUAUCAGAAAUGGCUGAGGAUGCACCUCCUCCCAUAAGGUUGAUGAAUUUUGUGUCCCAAGAAGAGUUAGAUAUAGCAAAGAGUAGUCGGGGUGAAAGAGUGGAUGACGGGACUGCACAAAGAGAUCGUCCGCUCUUUGAGAUUUUGAAGGAGAAUAAAGAUAAGCAAGAUGCAGAAUUCAAUGAGCGGUUUAAGCAUCGACCACCAAAGGCUUUGGACGAAGAUGAGACUGAGUUCCUUGAUAAAUUGGAGACGUCUCGAAAAGAAUACGAACGACUGCUAGCUGAUGAAGAAGCCCAACAACUCAAGCGCUUUCAAGCAGCAGUGGCAGAACAAUCUAUGGUUGUACAUGAGGUUAAAGAAAUAUCUUCUGUGUCUGAUGUCCAGGAGAAAAAAGAUGUUACGAAAAAGAAAAGUCGUCCUGUUCAGCCCUUGGGAAUGAUCAUAAAAGCUAAGCCACAAAAGAAAGCUAAAGUGGAGCCCUCACCGGAACCAAAAUCCAGAGCUGCUGAAAAGCCUUCUGCCGAGUUUCAAAGGCAUUCAGAGCAGCAAAGAACACCUAGUAUCAAUGUAGAGAAGCCUCAAGAGCAGUUAAAGAACUCUGAAUCCAAUGGGGUAAACAUCCCUGAUAUGUUGAAGACUGGUCUUGUUUCGUACAGUGAUGAGAGUGAUGAUGAGUAGUCUCCUUGCCUAAAUGUUUUAGAAGCUUAUACUAACAUAGUAACAUGCAUUGGCUAUUGUGAAUUUUUUUUGGUGAUUAUUGCACUAAGUUGUAGCGGUAUCUUAUGUAUAUCUGUUUUUCAUCAAAUGUAGAUGACAUAUUGCGGCAUCUGAAAUGCUGGUAAAAUACGGUAUCAGUUACCAGUAGCUUUUUGCAAGAAGACUCUUUGUAAUCUCUUUGUAGUUUUGGACUAGGUAAUUAGUGACAAUUUUUUGGACAGUACAUUGAA